AUGGCUGGUUUCUUUACGUGGGUGUGGGACUGGCUGUUAUGGAUGUUUUGGGCAACCGAGAUGGACGUGACGAUAGUCGGAUUGCAGAACGCGGGCAAGACGAGCUUGGUGCGCGUUCUCGCCGGUAAUGAGUUCACCGUGGACACGGUACCGACGGUUGCGUUCAACAAGAAGGAAGUGAAGAAGGGCCAUGUCUCGAUCAAAUGCUGGGAUCUAGGAGGCCAGCCGAGGUUCCGGUCAAUGUGGGAGCGAUAUUGCCGUGGGGUCAACGCCAUUGUCUUUGUCGUCGACGCUGCCGACAAGGAUGCCAUACCCGUUGCGCGAGACGAGUUGCACGCGCUCAUGUCACGACCCACGCUCGAAGCUAUUCCGCUCCUUGUUCUCGGCAACAAGUCAGAUCUCCCGAACAAGUUGUCGGUGGACGAGCUGAUUGACCAGCUGGACUUGAAGUCGAUUGUGCAUCGAGAGGUCAGUUGCUAUGGAAUAAGCGCGAAGGAGGAGACGAAUCUAGAAGCGGUUCUGCACUGGCUCGUAGCGAGGGCUGCAAAGUGA